UGUUUCACUUUUAUGUAGCUUGUAUGUCCCGUUUAUAUAUAUUUAUUUACGGCGAAGAGUUAUUUAUUAUCACUUUCUGUCGAUUUUUACAUGAGGCCACAAGUAGCAACGGCGCUGUGCUGAGUGUUAGCAGCGGAAGUGGAGUUUGACAGCUAGCAGGUGGAAUCGAGUGACCAACGAGUUUUUCAGCAGUAAAUGUUUGUCUUUUGACACAUGAACAAACAUCUUUGAGGAUCUAAUAUCGAUGAGCAAGUUUAAACCUUGGUCCUUAGGCGCUGAUUUUUGGACAGUUGAGACUAGAAAAUGUCUUUAGCUGUCUCACUGCUCCUUGUCGCUCUAUGUGCUGGCGGAGGAUACGGUGAGGAGGGAAAGCGGACUCAGAAAGCUGGCCAUGUGUCUGUGGUCAUAGUCGGAGGAACUGGAGACCUGGCGAGGAAAUAUUUGUGGCAGGGAUUCUUUCAGCUGUAUGUGAGCCAGGUCAGUGGUGGAAACACCUUUUCUUUCUAUGGGGGAGGCUUGUCCCCAUCUGAACAGGCCACACCGGUCCUCUUUGAGAUCCUGAAGGCGGUCACCUGCUCCAAGGACGUUUCUCAGGACCGCUGCGCCAUCCUGAAGGAUCAAUUCCUGCGGCUCUCGCAGUAUCGGCAGCUGAAGACUUUGGAGGACUACCAGGAACUGGCCCGGCACAUCGAGCAGCAGCUCCAGCAGGAGGGCAUGACAGAGGCCGGACGCCUCUUUUACCUCUCAGUCCCGGCUUUCGCGUACGCAGGUGUUGCAGAGAAGAUCAACAGCAGCUGCAGGCCGGCCGGCGGGACCUGGCUGAGGGUCGUCCUCGAGAAACCGUUCGGACACGACUACCGCAGUGCUCAGGUGUUAGCUACCGAGCUUCUGGGUGCAUUGAAGGAUGAAGAGAUGUACAGAAUCGACCACUACUUAGGGAAGCAGGUGGUGUCAAAAAUACUUCCAUUCAGGAUAGAGAACAGGAAGUUUUUGGAUCCCAUUUGGAACAGGCAUCACAUUGAGAAGAUAGAAAUUGUUUUAAAGGAGACUCUGGAUGUUAAAGGUCGGAUUUCCUUCUACGACGAGUACGGAGUGAUCCGAGAUGUCCUGCAGAACCACCUGACCGAGGUCAUGACCCUGCUGACCAUGAAGCUUCCUGCUAAUGUGAGCAACAGUGGAGAAGUUCUUCGAAACAAGCUGGAGGUCCUCAGCUCCAUGCUGCCGUUAGGAAAGAGUCAGGCGGUCAUCGGACAGUACCAGAACUACAAAACCGAGGUCCAACAGGAGCUGAAUAAAACCAAAGAACAUGUCAGUAUGACAUCAACCUUUGCAGCCGUUCUGGCCCAUAUCGAGGAUGCGCAGUUCGAAGGCGUUCCUGUUCUUCUGAUCUCUGGGAAGAUGUUAGACGAACGCGUCGGGUACGCGCGCAUCCUUUUCAAGAACGACGUCUUCUGCCUUCAGAGCCAGAACAAUGUCCACUGCAAACCUAAACAGAUAGUUUUCUACUUCGGCCACGGCAGUCUCAAAUAUCCAGCGGUUCUGGUCAGUAAGAACUUAUUCAAACCAGCUCUGAAAGGCGGCGAGUGGAAGGAAGUGACAGAGCACAAAGACGUUGACGUUUUGGGUUUGCAUAUUUCCGAUUACUUUGUGCAAACUCCGACAACAGAAAGGGAAGCGUAUUCAGAGCUCAUCUAUCACAUUUUUGCUGGACAGAAGAAUAAUUUUGUCAGCACUGAAAACCUGCUGGCCUCCUGGGAAAUCUGGACUCCGCUCCUCAGCGCCCUGAAGGGCUCCUUCCCCCGGAUCUACCCCGGCGGUGCCGACAACGGAGACAUGCUGGACGUCCAUCUGAGGGGGAAGGAAAUCCGCUUCUACAGCGAGGCCGUGAUCAUCAGCCCGGAUCAGGUGGGAGGGGCGUCGGCCAGCAGCUUUCAGGUGAUGCAAGGGAAGUUUCGCAGUGCUCAGAUGGUGUCCGCCUGGUCGGAGGAGCUGGUGGAACGGCUGGCCGCGGAUAUGCAGGAAGCAGCCGAGGCAGCCGUGCGGGAGGGCGGGGUCUUCCACCUCGCUCUCUCUGGGGGAUCCACUCCGCUCGCUCUGUUCCACAGGCUGGUCCUGCGCCACUUCUCCUUCCCCUGGAGAGACACACACAUCUGGAUGGUGGAUGAGCGCUGCGUCCCGCUGACUGAGACGGAGUCCAACUUCCACAGCAUGCAUGAACACCUGCUGCAACACGUGAGGAUACCGUACUACAACAUCCACCCCAUGCCGGUGCAGCUCAACCAGCGGCUCUGCGUGGACGAGGACGGAGGAGCCCAGCUGUACGAGAAGGAGAUCAGCAAACUCGUGAACGUUUCCAGCUUUCACUUUGUGCUGCUGGGCGUCGGAUACGACGGCCACACCGCUUCUCUGUUCCCCGGCGGGAAACUGAACGAGACUGGAGGAAGUCUGGUGGCUCUCACAGAGAGCCCCAUCAAGCCCCAUCAGAGAAUGAGCCUCACCUUUAGCGCCAUCAACCGAGCUCGCACCGUCGCUCUGCUAGUGAUGGGCAAAGGCAAACAUGAGCUGGUCACCCAGCUGAGCCGAGUUAAGGACAACCUGGAGAAAUAUCCCGUCACCUGGGUGAAGCCAAAUAACGGAAGGCUAGUUUGGUAUAUAGAUUAUGAUGCACUUUUAGGAUAGGUGAUUAUGCACUGUAAAAACACAAACACCAAGUAUUUUCAAACUGUUUUCUAAUGCAAAAUAUCUUUGUACACCAGAAAUAAGAUGAAAUUAACUUUUCAGCAAUAAAUAGGAGGUUGUUUUAAGUAAAUAAUUAAUAUUGAUGAAAAGGUUCUGCCAGUGGAAUAAGACAUUUUUCCCAUAUUAUAAGUAAAAUGUCAUGUCCCAGUUAUAAAUAGCACUUUUUCAACAAAAUAAAAGGAAAUACAGACUUAAAAUACUCGCAUGUAAAACCGAUCUUAUCUUAAAACUGGGAUGCACCUCUAUCCUAUAUAUCGUUCUGAAAAGUUACUUGUAAGUUAGUCUUGUCUUAUCUCAAGUGUGCUAACAUAUCAGUAUUAGAAACCGGAUUAAAAAUACUUAGUGAGAUUUUGUGUUUUUGAAAUGUGUUUUUCUUAUUUUCAAUCAGAGAAUGCAGCUGCUUUAAUGGAAGUGGUGGUUAUGAAGCAACACAAGCACCAAGAUAACCAGGAACUUCAAGUUUUUGCUUUAACUAUAAAUCACAUUUACUAAACAUUUUCUUGUUUGAGCUCAGGACAACACACACAUUUCACUUUAAGAAGCCCUUUAGGCAACUAGUUAUGAGUUAUAAAUAAAGUGUGGUGAUAAAGUUAACCUUUAAAGCACAACGGAGGGUUCAGUAUUUGCAGUUUAUAGUUAAUGGCUAAAAACUUCUGGUUCUUUCCUAUCAAAAGGUGAAAUUUUAUGUGAAAUCUGUGUGAGUGAAUGCAGUUGAAGAUUUGUUUUAAAGCGUUUUUGAAAAACUGUGAUUAUUGUGAGUGGAGAUGUAGACAGAUCACAGGAAUCCAAGCAGGAAGUUUGAACCAUGUGAUGCUGUGAAAUCUGGUGCUUAGAGCCAAACAAACACAAGAGAGAUUUAUUUUAGACAGAAUUGGUGUGUUUGUUUGUCAUAUCAAAUCUCAGGUGUUUCUGCAGAUACUUGGUGGCAGGGUUACAAUGCAAUUAAGAAAAGUCUUAAGAUCGAGGUUCUCUAGAGUGAUGACGGUUAUUUGUGCUGCAGAGAUUUUUAGUCAGCGUAUCAAUAACCCCUAAAUAAACAUUCCUUUCAGAUUAUUUCUGUACAAUCUGCAGGUGAUUUAUUUUUUUUUAGAAACCUAUUAAUUACAGACAGAAUUGAUUGUAUUUCUGUGACUUGUUUAUGAAGUUUGCCUUGAGAGUUUUCUUUCAAUAAAAAUCUGAUUUAUUAUA